UUUUUCUUACGUACAGACAGUACAGUUCAUAUUGAUGUCUAAAUAUAACCUCUCUUAAAGAGAUAGAGUUUGCCUUGUUUUUUUUUGUUUGCGAAUACAGAGUAAAUAAAUAUUUUGCUAUUGAUAAAUGGCUAAAUGAUUUUUAUAUCAAACAAUUUUUGAAAAAAAAAAAAAAUUUUUUAAAAAUAUAUAUAUAAGUAUAUUUUCUUUAUGAAAAGAUGCCUGAAACUCUUGAUACCAUGUCCGAUCGUGAAAUUAAUGAUGAAACAUCCCAAACACCUUCGUCACCAGCACCUUCAUCACCAGCACAAUCAAUAAUUUUUAGUAGGAAUAAUGAUUCGACCAAGCUUUUAGGCGUUGUUUAUGGUAUUGGUAUGAAUGUAAAUAGCGUAAUUGGGUCAGGAAUCGUUACUUCCCCAGGAAUUAUUUGGAAGGCGGUAAAAUCUCCUGGGAUUGUAUUAUUAUUAUGGUCACUUUGCGGUAUUGUUGCUAUGGCUGGUUCUUUAUCCUACGUUGAACUUGGUGUUAUACAUAAAAUAAGUGGAGGGGAAACAAAGUAUUUGCAAACUGCUUAUCCUUAUCCGGAAUACAUGAUGAGCUAUCUUUUUAGCUUCAUGUAUAUUUUUGCGAUUCAACCAGGAAUUUUGUGUGCAGUUUUACAAUCUGCAGCACAGUAUUUUUGGUAUACUAUUAAUGGUUCCCGAUACGAUAAGGAUAUUAAGCAAGUUACAACUGGGUGGCAACUUGCUUUUUCUCCAUUUUGGAUUUUAAAGUUAAUUGCUGUUUCCUUUUUAUUCAUAAUAACGUUAUAUCAUAUGCUUAGUAAUAGAUGGGCGAUUUAUAUAAAUCAAUCAUUAGCUGUCAUUAAGCUGGUCACAUAUUCAAUUAUCGCAAUAGCUGGAAUUGGUAAAUUGAUUACAAAUCCAGAUAGUUCAUUAAAUUGGAAAAAAUCAUUAGAGGGAAAUACAGAUAUUACAGCUUAUUCUAGUUCCGUUCUAUUGAUUAUGUUUAGUUAUGAUGGAUGGAACAGCUUAAAUUAUUCACUUGAUGAAUUCCGCAGGCCGGAAAAAAAACUCUUAUACAGCAACAUCAUAAGCGUUGGAAUUGUUAUCGUAGUCUACCUUCUUGUAAAUAUUGCGUUUAUCUCGGUUGUACCAGAAAAUUUAAUAGAUUCAACGGACUCCGAUGAGACUAUAGCCGCAACAUUCUUUCGCCAAUUAUUUGGUGGAUCUGAAGUAGUGGUUAGAAUUUUCACCGCUCUUGUCGUACUUUCUGUAAUUGGCACAGCAGCAUCAGAAGUAUGGAACGGAUCAAGAGUUAUUGUUGCAGCUGCAAGAUCGGAUUUUUUCCCAAAAUAUUCGAAAGAACUAAAAACUUGGAAUAAUAAUUUAGAUACGCCUAUUAAUGCUUUAUUAGCACAAUUCAUUUGGUGUUCAUUAAUUAUAUUCUUUAUUGGUUCUAGUUUUACUAUAACGACUUUUACUUUAUUUUCAAAAUUCGCCAUGUAUAGUUAUUGGAUUUUUUAUGUUGCUACUGGUAUAGGUUUAUUAAUAAUUCGAAGAAAUCGUGAUAAUGAAAAUCAAUUUAAAGUUCCAUUGCCUUUAGCAGGACUUUUUAUAUUGGCAGGAUUAUUUAUAUUGGCAUUUUCCUUUGUCACCAAAACUGACGACUGUCAAUUUCUUGACCCACAAAAAUGUAGGAUUCAAAAUUUGAGUCCUAUAUUUAUAAGUUAUGGUUUUCUUUCUAUUGCUUUAAUAUUAUAUUAUUGGUGGAAGGUUAAAUUAUAUGGUUAAUUGAUUAAAAAAUAUGCGGGGAUAAAUCUUUACUGUAAAUUAUUUUAAUCACAUUUUUUUUUUUAAAAAAAAAAAAU